ACAACUAGUAUUGCCAAGAGGAUCGUGCCACAUGGCAGUUAUUGAAUCAAAGGCCGCCAAAACUGUAACGUAGACAUUACUUAUCUCCGGUAACGGACAACCACUCGUUUCCCGAAACAGCAACUCACAGACUCACACCACUCCAGUCUCCGGCUUAACUACCACCAGAGACGAUUCUCUCUUCCGUCGGUUCUAUGACUUCGAUUCUCAACACUGUCUCCACCAUCCACUCUUCCAGAGUUACCUCCGUCGAUCGAGUCGGAGUCCUCUCUCUUCGGAAUUCGGAUUCCGUUGAGUUCACUCGCCGGCGUUCUGGUUUCUCGACGUUGAUCUACGAAUCACCCGGGCGGAGAUUUGUUGUGCGUGCGGCGGAGACUGAUACUGAUAAAGUUAAAUCUCAGACACCUGACAAGGCACCAGCCGGUGGUUCAAGCAUUAACCAGCUUCUCGGUAUCAAAGGAGCAUCUCAAGAAACUAAUAAAUGGAAGAUUCGUCUUCAGCUUACAAAACCAGUCACUUGGCCUCCACUGGUUUGGGGAGUCGUCUGUGGUGCUGCUGCUUCAGGGAACUUUCAUUGGACCCCAGAGGAUGUUGCUAAGUCGAUUCUUUGCAUGAUGAUGUCUGGUCCUUGUCUUACUGGCUAUACACAGACAAUCAACGACUGGUAUGAUAGAGAUAUCGACGCAAUUAAUGAGCCAUAUCGUCCAAUUCCAUCUGGAGCAAUAUCAGAGCCAGAGGUUAUUACACAAGUCUGGGUGCUAUUAUUGGGAGGUCUUGGUAUUGCUGGAAUAUUAGAUGUGUGGGCAGGGCAUACCACUCCCACUGUCUUCUAUCUUGCUUUGGGAGGAUCAUUGCUAUCUUAUAUAUACUCUGCUCCACCUCUUAAGCUAAAACAAAAUGGAUGGGUUGGAAAUUUUGCACUUGGAGCAAGCUAUAUUAGUUUGCCAUGGUGGGCUGGCCAAGCAUUGUUUGGCACUCUUACGCCAGAUGUUGUUGUUCUAACACUCUUGUACAGCAUAGCUGGGUUAGGAAUAGCCAUUGUUAACGACUUCAAAAGUGUUGAAGGAGAUAGAGCAUUAGGACUUCAGUCUCUCCCAGUAGCUUUUGGCACCGAAACUGCAAAAUGGAUAUGCGUUGGUGCUAUAGACAUUACUCAGCUUUCUGUUGCCGGAUAUCUAUUAGCAUCUGGGAAACCUUAUUAUGCGUUGGCGUUGGUUGCUUUGAUCAUUCCUCAGAUUGUGUUCCAGUUUAAAUACUUUCUCAAGGACCCUGUCAAAUACGACGUCAAGUACCAGGCAAGCGCGCAGCCAUUCUUGGUGCUCGGAAUAUUUGUAACGGCAUUAGCAUCGCAACACUGAAAAAGGCGUAUUUUGAUGGGGUUUUGUCGAAAGCAGAGGUGUUGACACAUCAAAUGUGGGCAAGUGAUGGCAUCAACUAGUUUAAAAGAUUUUGUAAAAUGUAUGUACCGUUAUUACUAGAAACAACUCCUGUUGUAUCAAUUUAGCAAAACGGCUGAGAAAUUGUAAUUGAUGUUACCGUAUUUGCGCUCCAUUUUUGCAUUUCCUGCUCAUAUCGAGGAUUGGGGUUUAUGUUAGUUCUGUCACUUCUCUGCUUUCAGAAUGUUUUUGUUUUCUGUAGUGGAUUUUAACUAUUUUCAUCACUUUUUGUAUUGAUUCUAAACAUGUAUCCACAUAAAAACAGUAAUAUACAAAAAUGAUACUUCCUCAAA